GUGAGUUUUACUAAUAAUGUCCUGAAAGUGAUGUACAGUUGUUUGAAAUUACGUUGUGCCGCGGUCAUUAUAUAUUUUUGUUGAGGUGAUGGCGGGUGAUUUUCGAGCUGAGGCCAAGGAACUUGACCAGUGGAUUGAACAACUGUAUGAAUGUAAUCAGCUGACAGAAGCACAAGUUAAAUCCCUUUGUGAAAAAGCAAAGGAUAUACUCACAAAGGAGUCAAAUGUUCAAAAUGUACGAAGCCCAGUCACUGUAUGUGGUGAUGUACAUGGUCAGUUCCAUGAUAUGAUGGAAUUAUUUCGCAUUGGUGGAAAGUCUCCGAAUACCAAUUACUUAUUCAUGGGUGAUUAUGUUGAUCGUGGAUACUAUUCUGUUGAAACUGUCACUUUACUCGUGGCCAUGAAGGUUAGAUUCAAAGACCGAAUAACUAUUCUCCGGGGAAACCACGAAAGUCGUCAAAUCACACAAGUUUAUGGAUUUUAUGACGAAUGCCUUCGCAAAUAUGGUAAUGCUAAUGUUUGGAAAUACUUCACGGACUUGUUUGAUUAUCUCCCACUAACUGCACUGGUUGACAAUUCAAUAUUUUGCUUACAUGGCGGGCUGUCACCCUCGAUAGAUACUCUCGACCACAUUAGGGCUUUGGACAGGAUUCAAGAGGUCCCCCAUGAGGGUCCAAUGUGUGACUUAUUGUGGUCUGAUCCAGAUGACAGAGGUGGUUGGGGCAUCAGUCCACGUGGUGCUGGUUAUACAUUUGGACAGGAUAUUUCAGAAACGUUUAAUCACAGUAAUAACUUAACUUUAGUCAGUCGAGCACAUCAGUUAGUUAUGGAAGGCUUUAACUGGUGUCAUGAUCGAAAUGUUGUCACUAUAUUCAGUGCUCCGAAUUAUUGUUAUCGAUGUGGUAAUCAAGCAGCUUUAAUGGAACUGGAUGAUAAUCUGAAAUAUAACUUUUUGCAGUUCGAUCCCGCACCACGUAGAGGUGAACCACAUGUAUCGAGACGUACCCCGGACUACUUCUUAUGAUUCUCAUCCUGUCAAAAUUUUUUCAAUGUUUUUUUUCACCGGCUUAUGAAAGUAGAAGAUUGAUCAACGAUUUAAAUAAGUUCAUGUUUUAUCCGGUUAACAUUGGCCUUUGUGAAAAUAAUUACGUUUUAAAACUAUCAACUACUGCUACGGCAACACCAAUCUUCUGUUUAAACUUUAUUGUCCCACUUUUUUUCUCUUCCUUUGUUUAUAUCUAACUAUAUAAACAAUAAUAAUGCCUUGCUAGCCUUUUUACCAGUUUAUAUAAAUAUGAGUAGACGUACACAUAUGAGUUAAUCGAGCAAAACAAUUAAUUGACUACAAAUAUAUAUAUAUAUAUAUAUAUA